CGGCAAUGAAUGCGUGCACCUUUAUCACCGGUUGCGUCGUUACAGCAUCACGGUUUCUUUUAUAGCUCAGUGACAGUGUCCCGCCUAUCAUAUCAGUUUUAUCCAAUCACGCCAUCUCGUCGUUUUUUGGAAAAAAUUUCAAAUAUUAUUUACUCGGCUAAGCUGUAAGGUCAUAAACUCUGUCGCCUACAGCUCAAUCUACACCUCAAAUGCAUCACAGGCUGCUUUGUGAUGUCAGUGACGAUAUUUCAUCAGGGGCUUUGCUGUGGCUGAACAUUUAGACUGUACCAAAGUUUGAAAGACAUUCAGUCGGACAUCGCUGUGACAGUGGUGCAUGGAGGAUCAAUGCGCUCGACUCGCUAGGAUGGCAUCCAACGAACUGUUACGUGGAGGAAGGCUCGUGUUAUGGUUUUAAUCGUAUUUAAAAAUGGAUGACACCUCAGCAGCUGACAAACUCUGCAAUGCAUCUGCCAGGGGAGAUCUACUUGAAGUGGUGCUUUUGCUGCAAAAUGGAGUCGAUGUUAAUGGAUUAAAUAAAUACAACAGAACUGCACUGCAGGUGGUGAAGUUGGCGAACUCCACCUUGAUUGAGGCGCUUCUGGUGCAGGGAGCAGACCCUAACUUACGUGACCCGGCGUGCGGUCUCACAGUGAUGCACGACGCCGCGCGCGAGGGAUUCGUGGAUUCCGUCCGCGUGCUGUUGGAUCACGAGGCGGACGCGAACCUCGCGGAUGGAAAAGGUAACCUGCCGCUGCACCUGGCCGCGAGGGAGGGCUACCUGGAGGUGGUCCAGCUGCUGAUCGGACACACAGAGAACCCUAUGAGGCUCAACAGUCAGGGACACACCGCCAGGCAGGUCGCGGAGGUCAACAUGAGAGUGGACAUUGUCGAAUACCUGGACAGUUAUCUGAAUUCACGUGAGUAGCCUGCACUUUUCGUUUGUGUCUCGAUACACAAACCUCCUUUGAAAUCCAAAGUCUACCUUUAGACAAAGAUUGUCAUAAGCUUAAAGAAAACUGGCGUGGCAUUUUUAGAAAUUCCUAAACUGCACCUGUAGGCUAAUCUAUGAAUAACAAUAACUAUGAAUUUAUCCACUUUUUUGUGGACAUUUUACAAAUAAAAAAUAUGUCUGUUACUCCACCAGGAAAAAUAAAACUGGUCUGUACUUUGGCAGAGUUUAUAAAACAGUGUGAUAAUGGUUACAGGCAGGUAGCGCCGCCUGUCGAUGCUGCAUAGAGUAAUUAGCUGGUCGAUAAAACAAAACGAACACACUAUAGGCCAAGUUUUCAUUUACAUUUUUGUCACUCCAUCAUAUUCAUGACGACCAUACGCCUUGUUCUGCUAGUGAUAUUUAAGGCUACAUCUGAAUUUAAAUCUGAAAAAAAAAAACAAAAGGUCAACAUCAAUAACAGAAUACAGAAGCUUCUGAAUUUCAUUUAAAGCCCAUUUCAUUUAAAUUAAUAACCCCAUUAGGCUUAUGUGCUUCUCGGUUGAUUUUUGGCCCAAAGGGGCAGCAAAUAUGAUGUCUGAGCGCAUUUUAGACCUUAAAGUCAUUAGAAUCGGGAAACCGUUAUUGUCCGAUGGAAAAUUGCCUUUAAAGCGAUUCUGGCAGGUACACAACAAUAUCACAGCCUGAAUGUAUCAGAAAUAAAAAUGAACAGGUGCAUUUACACAGAAAGCUGAGCGCAGUGAGGCCGUGAGGCGUAUGUGCGCAAGCGUUACGGGCGCUAAUUCCUUUACAUGCUGUUUAUCCGGUCAGUGUAGGUGGGUAUGAAUGAUUUUUUUGGCCUGGUCAGAGGGAUUUUGUAGCGGCGUCCUGGUGGAAGGGGUGUGAAAAGAGUUGUAGAGGAGGUGUGAAGGUUCUGUGCAGUGAGAGGUGCUUUUACCUCUAUUUUACUUACAUGCUCGAUUGUGCAAGAAGGUUUUGUUUUUUGCAGAGAUGAUCGUUUCUUUAUAUGGCCAAGCUAUUAUAUGUACAGUCUCCAACACACCUGAAGAAUAUCAUUCUGGCCUUUAACAGCGAAUUAAAACCGAGUUUCUUUUGUUUUGUCUUGCACUAAACCUGCUAUAUUGCUAUACCCUGCAUGAUGAAAGGGCAUUACUUCAAUGGUGUGAAUCAUUUAGCCACCACCAAUUUCAAAGUGUGGUUAUGGUCUUGUUUUGAUGUUUUGAUGUUUGAUUAAUAAAGUGAUCUGAUGACUAUUCCCACUUUCAAAAUGUUGCGUGACGAGGCCCGCUUUGUGUAAAGGCAGAGCCCGGUGUAGAGGUCUCCACUCACAAACCAGCGGCGGUGAAUCGAAAGUGAAAGUUUGCCAUCGAUGCUGGCUUGUGCUGGGGUGGAACAAUCAAACCACACGCAGAACUUCAGUACACCAGUAAUACCCAGUGGUAAUAACAGUAAUGAUAAUAUAACACUGCCUUGCUCUGCAUGCUGUCUUUGUGUAUGUUGUUGCUUGUGCUAUGAAUGGCAACACAGGGACUUAACCGGAUUAGAGACAAAAGGCAAAAGUUCAGCCAUUCAGAUGUUAAAGGCUGGUUGUGUAUCUUGUGUGUAUUUUAAUGAUACCGUUAGGUCAGACAGGAAGUUGACCCAAAAUGUCAGGGAAGGCUAUGUGUCGAUGUGAUGUCUUUCUGUAGCCUGAGUGCUCAUAAAUUGCACAGUUUGUGUUGAGUUUUGUUUGUUUAUUAUUGUUAUGGCUAGACAAUGAACAUGCAAAGACUGCAACACAUGUGAAAGGAAGCAGAAAAUUCAUCAAUGUUCUAUAUUAAGGACAACUUGACAGAAUUUUGUCAAACACGUUCAGUUUGAAGUGUCACACAACCAAGAUUACACUUGUAGUGUUAUUUAUUUGUACUAACAAUGUACCAACACACUACACCACAAUGCAUGUAUGCAGGGUCAGGGAAACAAGAUGUGAAAUUAUGGAAUAAAGGGGUAGCAAUCUGGCAAUUUACUUAUACUGGUGGUAUUUUUUUAACUAAUGGGUACCUAUUUUAUUAUUGCAGGGUGUGUAUGACCCACUGAGCAAUUUACAGAGAAUUUAUACUGAAGUUAUUAUUUAACUACUGGAUACCCAUUCUAUUACUAUUAGACAUAGACCUAUAUGACUUCAGUAUCAUAAAACCGAGGAAAAAUCUGGAGAGAUACAACGGUAACUUCUGGAUUACAUAAUUCUGGUUUGAUUUUAUUUAAAAAUGACCUCGUAACUAACAAAAAGCAUAAAAAAUGCAAUGCACAACAAUGCUUUAGAUUAUUUUAGAUUGAAUAUAACUCAAUGUUAUAAUGCAAUGUAACUUACACUACUGUAACAUAUAAUAAUAACAACAACAGCAAUAAUUGCAUAAUUGUUUUAUUCUAUGAAUUAUACCUCAGGUAAUCACAGAGUUUUUUACUUACCUGGCUUAUAGGCAUAAAAUUCAGGGAAACCUACAUUUUAGUUAAAAAGAAUUACAUUUUUUAAAUUGUUAGGUAUAAAUGUAAAAUUAACUGAACUUUGGUUAAGUCUCCCUUGUGCAAAAGAACGUAAAUGUAAAGAAAAAAACAUAAACAUCAAAUUUAGUGGCAUAAUAUCAUAUCAGUCCACUUAACGUUAAUUGUUAAUGUAAAAGUUAAUCCUUCUAAGUGAAUGUAUUAACUUGAACUUUAAACUUAGGAGUCCCGUUUCGGUUCAUGAAAUAGUAGCACCAAAACGGUCUUCAGUCCAAAGCUUAAUGUGUCUCCUCAGUGGAAAUCCAGAGAGGCUCCUUUCAUUUCACUUUAAAUUCAUUUUAUAUCUAGAACUCCACACAUAAAAUGUGAAUGUGGGUACCUUAGUUGCAAUACUUAAGAAGAUCCAAGAGAUUAAUGUAGCACCAGCUGUCGGCUCCCGUCCAAUAGCUCCGGGACAACAGCAGCAAACACUUUUCAUCAGAAAUCCGCCUCAAAUCUAGAUUGAGAUGAUCAUAUAAACAGGCGGUUAGUGUCGUUACCCUGUCUGGGCCCAGAACGGGUGCAGUGACACAGCUGCAAGACUCAACCUGUACAGUACUGUGGUUUAAUACAUGAUAUACACUAUAACUCACUGUAAUUAACUGCAAAACACAAGUCAACUACUCACUAAAAUAAGGAGUAAAACUAUCACAUUUAUUUGCUGUUUGCCUUAAAAUAGCAUAAAUCAAGUCAGGUGAGUUUUCUCUCUGAACUGAGGUAACCAAACUUCCACCACCUAGCAUGGUGGCUAUUAGCUUAACAGGUGACUAGCAAC